GUUUACCAAAGCCCCCUUGGAUACAUCCUGCUCACUCCCGUGCCACGCUAUGCGGCAGCGCCGCCCUUUGCCACAACCGGAUGAAGGAGGAGAGGUGGACCCUGCAGAAGUGCGGCGGAGAGCCAAACAGCAGGAACAGGAGAUGGCACCCUAUGUGGUGGGUGCAGUGCUCUUCAUCGCCUUGGGGGUUGCUGGACUGGUCACAUGGUGGCAUCCCAACAUCUCCUUCCACCGAGCUCCUGUGAGCAAGCUCGACAUGGAGAAGGAGGAGGUGUUAGCCCACCUCCGAAACCACACCAUCUUGCACGUGGGCGGGGUGCACUACAGCGGCCUGACGCUGCUGUCAGAGCUUCUGGUCCAGCACCCACAGCUGGCCGGCAUGCGGCAUCAAGAGGGCGCCGACAAGCGCAAGACUCAUUGGGUGAGCGACGUGGGCAACGAUGGUGUUUUCCUCCAGACGGUGAUCCCCAACUGGGGCACCGAUCACAAGCACUUCGCACUGUGGAAGUCCGUCAGCAAAAUGGCUAAGCGUAUCCUUCCAGCCUCCGUGGAGGAACACUUUCCCUGGAUGAAGCUGCGGAGUGGCAUUGGGCGCUUCGCCCUCAACCCAGAGCAUCAUUUGGACGAUAGCACUUGGUUGAUCCGCAGCAGCGCGCAGGUGCAUCUCUUCAGCGAGUGGGCGCUCUUUUGGGACCUUUCGAAGAAGGUUCUUUUGGAGAAGUCACCGUCAAAUGUCGUCUUAUCGCCUUUUCUCCAUCGCCUUUGGUCCUUGGAUCUCAACACCCAGAGCCCUGGGCGCUUCAUCUUCCAACAGCGCCACCCGCUGGCCGUGGCGAUUGCCACCAGACGGCGCUUGGGGCCACUCGUUGAUGAUCUGAGCAUGAAAGACUUGAUGGAGAACUGGUUGGCUGCAGAGGAGCGCAGAGCCAAGGACAUGCAGUCCUACUUCGAGUACUACGGCUUUGCCAAAGACGUGUUCCGCAUCGUCCAGUUCGAGGACCUCAUUCGAGAUCCAGAGAAGGUUGUCUCCGAGAUCUUUGCUUGGCUGGGCCUCAGCUUGCCGGCGGAGGCCAUACAAGCGAUCAAGGUCAAAGUGAGAAGCGAUGUGAACGUCAAGCACUUCAAGCAGUAUUGUAACUUCCUGGUGCAUGGCGGACACCAAGCAGUUGAGGAGCACCACAGGCUAGUGAAAGAGCUGCGAGACCGGGUGCUCCACCCCAGUACAAACGGAUCGCAGACGGAUUGCAACGGGAAUGUGUGUGAGAUGCUGGGUGUCCAAAGUCUUUGGCAAAUUUUACAUUAGAUUGCAGGAUGGAUUGGACUGUCAAGAUGAGAAUCUAGCCUUUUGGAUCCUUUUGGCGGCAUACUCCAAGCUAACAGUUGCAGUGAGGUUGCUCGUGAUUUGUACGUUAGCUUGGAGAAUCUUGGUUCCUCAGGCCAAUCAACCUGUGGUCAUGGAAUCAUUGCUCACCCAUGAGGGUCCUCUGCCAAAAAACAAAUCCAUGGGGCAUGGCCAACGGUGCCUAGGUGUGGC